AUGACAGCCGCAGCAUCCACCUCAAUCCAAAACGGCGAUGCGCAGCCAGCUCGCUAUGCCCUCGCCAAGGAUAUCCUUGGCGAUGACAUCUUCCACCGCAUCAACACCGCCAAAGUCCUCGUAGUCGGUGCAGGUGGUAUCGGCUGCGAGCUACUCAAGAAUCUUGUUCUCACCGGCUUUGGCAACAUCGAGAUUAUCGACCUCGACACCAUCGACCUGUCCAACCUCAACCGCCAGUUCCUCUUUCAAAAGCAGCACAUCAAGAAGCCCAAGUCCAUCGUAGCCAAGCAGACUGCUUCCUCCUUCAAUCCGCUCGUCAACAUCGUUGCUCACCAUGCCAAUAUCAAGGAGCCUCGCUUCGGCGUCGCCUACUUCCAAGGUUUCCAUCUCGUCAUGAAUGCACUCGACAACCUGGAUGCUCGACGAUGGGUCAACAAGAUGUGCAUUGCUGCCGAUGUUCCCCUCAUCGAGAGUGGCACGACGGGCUUCCUUGGUCAAGUGCAGCCCAUCAAGCGUGGCCUUACUGAAUGCUAUGACUGUGUCGAGAAACCGACGCCCAAGACUUUUCCGGUUUGUACCAUCCGUUCAACGCCAUCUACUCCGAUCCACUGCAUUGUUUGGGCAAAGAACUGGUUGUUUACACAGCUCUUCGGCUCGGAUGAUGAGACGGAGGACGCGGAGCUGGAUAAGGCUGUUGCAGAUGGAGAGGAUGCUCAGCAGAUCAACAGUCUGCGUAAGGAGCAGAGGGAGAUGCGGGAUAUCCGAGCUGCACUGGUGGAGGCAGCAAGGAAUGGUGAGAAGGAAGCCGUUCGCAAAGUGGCAGAACGCAUCUUCAACAAAGUCUACAAGAACGAUAUCGAACGUCUAUUGGGUAUGGAGGAGAUGUGGACGCAUCGUCCCGUUAAGCCUGUACCGCUUGUGUUCGAGGAUGCACUCAAGGGUGAGGCUCCAGCUGCUGCUGCGUCUUCCUCAACCCAUGACUCCGCUCCUGCUGCCAGCAACGAUGCUGCAUCCGCACUGGCAACAGUAACAAGACCAGCAACAACAAUCAAUCCAUCAACCCUCCGUGAUCAGCGAACCCUCACCUUGCAAGACAACGUCGAACUCUUCCUCUCCUCCGUCACCUCCCUUGCAAUCCGUUCCGCCGCCGACCCUACCCAUCCCCUGUCCUUCGAUAAAGACGACGAUCAAGCCCUCAACUUUGUCACUGCCACCUCCAAUCUCCGUUCGAUCGUCUACCACAUCGACCGCAAAACCCGCUUCGAAGUCAAACAGAUGGCAGGCAACAUCAUCCCCGCCAUCGCUUCCACCAACGCCAUCAUUGCAGGUAUGCUCGUCAUCCAAGCUCUCCACGCACUCAGCGGGUCUUGGUCCAAAACACGAUUCGUAUCGCUAGCUCGUGGAACCAGUCGAAUGUUGACGAGCUGGCCACCCGCUGCGCCCAACCCGCGAUGUGGAAUUUGUCAAGAUGUAUACAUCCCCAUUUCCAUUUCAAGCCUGGAGGAUGUCACGCUGGAGGAAGUAGUGGAGAAGGUAGUGAAGGAGAAGCUUGGCAUGGGGGACGAGGAGCUGGUGGUGUAUGAUGGAACUCGGAUCUUGGCUGAUCCUGAUUUUGAUGAUAAUAUGGACAAGAGUUUGAACGAGGUAGGGUUGGGUGAAGGGUCGAUAUUGACGGUGAUGGAUGAAGAUCAGAUUUUGCAGGCGGUCAACAUCAUCAUUACCGUCGGUGAGGUGGAAGGGGAGGAGAAGAUCAAGGUGUUGGCUACGCAGAUUAGCAAGCCCAAGCCAAGAGCGAAGGUGGAAGAGAACGGUGGAGCGGAUGACGACGAUUCAGAUGAUGACGAUGACGUGAUUGUUGCUGUUGAUGCUGUACAUCUUCCUACUAAGCCGCUCAAGACCGCAACCGCAGCAGCGACGACUGUGACUGGUAAGAAACGGCCUCAUCCUGAUGAUGCCGCACCGGCUGCUGCAGCCUUGCCAGCAAGUACUCUGGAGAAGAAGCAAAAGAUACAAGCUACAAAGGAGUCCAAGUGUCUCAAAGACGGAACUAACGCUGAUGCUCCCAUUGAGCUCGAAUAG